UGUGCUGUCAUCUGCAUCAACCAGCGUCAGCGAGCAAAGCGCAGCGAGCAUCGCUUCUUCUCGGCUCUCAACCUCUGUAUUCGAACAUGGCAACACUGGUAUCCAACAGGGCGAUGGAUGUGAACGGCAUGGCGGCAGCAGCGCGGACUCACACCCAGGCUGUGACCAGAAACUACAUCUCUCAGCCCAGGCUAACUUACUCCACUGUGUCUGGUGUAAAUGGACCCCUGGUGAUCCUGGAUAAUGUGAAGUUCCCCAGAUAUGCAGAGAUUGUUCACCUGACUCUGCCAGAUGGCACCAAGAGGAGCGGGCAGGUCCUGGAGGUGAUUGGAAGCAAGGCAGUCGUCCAGGUGUUUGAGGGAACUUCAGGAAUUGAUGCCAAGAAGACAGCCUGCGAGUUCACUGGUGACAUCCUGCGUACGCCAGUAUCAGAGGACAUGCUGGGGCGCGUGUUCAAUGGAUCUGGCAAACCCAUCGACCGUGGGCCCAAUGUGCUGGCUGAGGACUACUUGGACAUUAUGGGUCAGCCCAUCAAUCCUCAGUGCCGUAUCUACCCGGAGGAAAUGAUCCAGACUGGCAUCUCAGCCAUCGAUGGCAUGAACAGCAUCGCCAGAGGACAGAAGAUCCCAAUCUUUUCAGCUGCUGGGCUACCACACAAUGAGAUCGCUGCCCAGAUCUGUCGCCAGGCUGGGCUGGUGCAGAAGUCCAAGGAUGUAAUGGACUACAGUUCUGAGAACUUUGCCAUUGUCUUUGCAGCCAUGGGGGUCAACAUGGAAACUGCCCGCUUCUUCAAGUCUGACUUUGAGGAGAAUGGCUCCAUGGACAACGUCUGCCUUUUCUUGAACCUGGCCAACGAUCCCACCAUCGAGCGUAUCAUCACCCCACGCUUGGCGCUGACCACAGCAGAGUACCUGGCCUAUCAGUGUGAGAAGCACGUCCUGGUCAUCCUGACUGACAUGAGCUCCUACGCUGAGGCUCUGAGAGAGGUCUCUGCUGCCCGUGAGGAAGUGCCUGGUCGCCGAGGCUUUCCCGGCUACAUGUACACUGACCUGGCCACCAUCUACGAGCGUGCCGGCCGUGUGGAGGGCAGAAACGGCUCCAUCACUCAGAUCCCUAUUCUCACCAUGCCCAACGAUGACAUCACCCAUCCCAUUCCUGAUCUGACGGGAUACAUCACAGAGGGUCAGGUCUAUGUUGACAGGCAGCUGCACAACAGACAGAUCUACCCACCCAUCAACGUGUUGCCCUCACUGUCUCGUCUCAUGAAGUCAGCCAUCGGCGAGGGGAUGACCAGGAAGGACCAUGCUGAUGUCUCUAACCAGCUGUAUGCCUGCUAUGCCAUUGGUAAGGACGUGCAGGCCAUGAAGGCUGUGGUGGGCGAGGAGGCCCUCACCUCUGAUGAUCUGCUCUACCUGGAGUUCCUACAGAAGUUUGAGAAGAACUUCAUCGCUCAAGGCCCGUACGACAACAGGACGGUGUACGAGACCCUGGACAUUGGCUGGCAGCUGCUGCGAAUCUUCCCCAAGGAGAUGCUGAAGAGGAUUCCUCAGAGCACCCUGGCUGAGUUUUACCCGAGGGAGUCUGCCGUUCGCCACUGAGGAACACAAAGGAGAUCUCUGGCUGUACCUCCGCUCACCCCUCCUACCCACCAUCCUCCUCUCCCUUGUCCUUUCUGCACCUCCAGGGUCUACGAGGCCGACAUUGUCUCUGCCCAUCCCAAGCGUCAUCUUCUCUUUCUCCAUUGUUCUUGUUACCUCCAAUUCUUCUAGUCUCCCUUCCACGAAUCAGCUCACCCCAGCAUCACCCCCUCUUCUCCCCCACCCUGAAUGAGACCAGGGCAAUAUCUUCCCCCUUCUAUAGAUGUACUGUUGUGAAUCUGUGUCCAGAAGUUGUGUAUGAAAAGUGUCUGUGGUUGUAAUAUCUACCCGUGAUUGCAAAAACGUGAACAUAUCUUUAAAAUGAUAGAUCAGUAUUUAUUUAUUGGGGAGUGUUACUGCUGGAUCUUCCUCUUUUUGUCAAUAAAUACUUUAAAAUAUCCAUCCCCUAAAAACAAGAGGUUUCUGAUGGAAGAAAUGCGUGUCUACAUAUGGAGGUCGACAAAAUAACAAACACCCUGGAAUACAGCAGUAGCCCUGCAGUCAGUACCAUUAAGGUGACGCUCAUGAAGCUUGGUUUUCUUAUUGUGAAUGUCAGAGGUGAUAAUUCCACUUGAUUGUCCUUUUCUUGACAAAGCCACACACUUUGAAUGAUUAUUUUAACACAAAAUGCAGCUUCAUUAAUGUCACCAUAUUGGUAUUAACCCGGGGGCAACUUUACAAUCUGGUCUUUCUCUUAUUUUGUCCACCCUACUGUAUAUUGUUUAAUAAAGACAAAUACUGUAUUUUUUCAUGUCGGUUACUUCAAGUUCACAAUGACUUAAAUCUUCUUAUGUUACCAUCCACCACAUCCUGAGUAAACGUACAAACGUGGGCCACCAGCAGAGUUCAGAUGUUCACUGUGUGUUGCUCCUCUGGUACUUCAUGACCCUCCUCUCCCCUGUGUAAGGCGCUCUUGCUUUUCCUGUAUCUCCUCUUGAGAGGAUGCAGUGGAUGAUAACAUUAUUUGUGUUCUAUUGUUUUGAUUUUUGUCGUGAAAAGGUUAAAAGAAGUGUGUUAAACAUUCCCAUGCGUUUACAGAAACGAAAUCUUUGUUGUGCAAAAUGGUUUUGUGAGUUGUGUGUGUCCAUGAAUAAAUUAAAUUAUAUGAGAAA